UCCUUUACUUGUUGGUAAUUACUUGUUACUUGACGGUUAAGGCAUAGAGCUAUCCUAGACUUUGUCUCUUUGCAUUAAAGCUUUAAUAAUUAGGUUAUUCUCUUUUUAUUCUGAACAUCAGCUUCUUGCUUUUCUCUCUCGAUCAAGCAACUCUCAAGAUAAGAUGGGUGGAAGCGCAAUAAGUGAGGAUUGGGAAUUCACUACAAAUGGAGCUCGGACACUGGUUCUGGUUGGGCGUACAGGUAAUGGUAAAAGUGCCACAGGAAAUAGCAUUCUUGGAAGAAAGGCCUUCAAGUCUAUGUCUAGCUCGGCUGGUGUUACAAGUACUUGUGAGCAACAGAGGACUGUACUAGAAGAUGACCAAAUACUUGACGUGAUUGAUACGCCUGGAUUGUUUGAUUUUUCUGUUGAACCUGAAUUUGUUGGAAAUGAAAUUGUUAAAUGCAUCAACAUGGCCAAGGAUGGGAUUCAUGCUGUUCUUGUAGUUCUGUCUGUGCGAACUCGCUUUUCAAGAGAAGAACAAGCAGCAGUCCAGAGUCUGAGGGAGUUCUUUGGGAGCAAAAUUAGUGAUUACAUGAUUUUGGUUUUCACUGGUGGGGAUGAUCUUGAAGACAAUGAUGAAACUCUGGAUGAUUACUUAGGUCGUGACUGCCCCGUGCCUUUAAAGAAUACCCUCACGAUGUGUGGAAAUAGGCGAGUGCUCUUUGAUAACAAGACUAAAGAUCCUUUGAAGAAAGCCGACCAAUUGAAACAACUACUUUUCCUGGUAAAUGUGGUUGUAGAGAAUAAUGGUGGAAAACCAUAUACAGAUGACUUAUUCAAGGAAUUAAAGAAAGGAGCCAUCAAACUUCAUAACCAGGCAACUGAGGUUAAUUCCUUGGUGGGAUAUUCUAAGCAAGAGAUACUAGAGUUGACGGAGCAAAUGCAAAAGUCGUACGAAGAGCAACUGAAGCGAAUAACUGAAGUGGUUGAGUCAAAGCUGAAGGAGACCACACAUAGGCUUGAAGAGCAAUUGGCGAAAGAGCAAGCUGCUCGGUUGAAGGCUGAACUAAGUGCAAAAGAAGCGCAGAAGAAAUCGGAUGACGAGAUUCGCAAGUUGAGAGAAUACCUGGAGAGAGCUCAGAAGGAGACUGAAGAGCUCCGAGGUCGUUCAGAGCGUAGCGGUUGUAAUAUUCUGUGACAAAGUUGUAAAUACUUUGGAAGAAUCUGCCUGCCGCUAAAGUGAAUUUACUCUUGCUUCGACUCUUUUACACCCCCUUCUAUAUGCAGAAGAGAUUGAUGUGUUGGUAAUAUAUUGCGAUAUAACAUCUCGAUAAUGUUAAAUAUU